AUGCUGCGACACAUCAACAGGGCCUUGCCUCGCGCCACCCACCAAAUCAGGACUCUCACCUCGGCUCGCUCGGUUGAGGAGCCCUCUGCCAACUACCGCCCUGGCAAGGAGGGUUUCGCUGCUGGUAUGCCCCACCCUCCCGGGAGCUCCGCCUCGCCCUUGCCCCCACCAGCACCCCGCACAGUCGACUCCGUCCCUGAAAUGUCAAAGAAGCAUCAGAUCAAGGAAAACGGAACGCCCGAACAAAAGUACAAGCUCGAGAUGACCAAGCUUCGGCACACAUACCAGCGGGAACAUUUCAAGAGCGAGGAUUCCAAGCGUGUUGAGAUUGAGAGACAGCGCAAGGGCUCGUUGCGUCGUCUCCAGGCUCGUCAGGCAGUGGAUCGGGCCGAGAACGAGCGUCGUUUGUCAUUCGAGCUUUUGAUGCAACCCUCGGCUCAGAACGAAGAAGGAGCAGCUUUGACAGGCGCUGAUCGUCAGGCUCAGGUGGCCGAGUUUGUGAAAGAGCGCAAGGUCCGUCGCCAGGCUAACUUCCAGAAGCGGGAGGAGCGUACAUCAGAGGAUCGUUUGGAUGCUAUGAUCCGGUUAUAUCACGCCGCCGACGACUUUGUGACGAUGGAGAACUUGGACGCCAAGGUCAACGAGUUCUACGAGACAGGAUUGACAUUGCAGAGCAAGGUCUAUGUCACUGGCCUGCAGGAGAUGGUCAGCGAUGUGAUGGAGAGCGGUGGACAGGUCUCGCAUGCCGGUCUCUUGAAGCGUGAGCAGGAGCUCAAGGAUGUUUUGGACGGCACUGUUUCGGGAGGCAAGGUUGGCUAUGAGGGAGCCAAGGCCAAGGCUGACUCUGCAUGA